AUGGUGGCCAGAGGCACGCCGAAGGAAGCGGUUAUGGCCGUGGUCGCCUCCCUUGACUUCACCGAGACAUCUAACUGGUGGAGAGAUAUCAACGAUUCUCCUCUCUGGCAGGACCGUACCUUCCAUCUCCUUGCCGUCCUCUACGGAAUCGUAGCCGCCAUCGCUCUGGUUCAACUUGUUCGAAUACAAUUGAGAGUUCCGGAAUAUGGAUGGACGACACAGAAGGUCUUUCACUUUCUCAAUUUUUUCGUCAAUGGAGUUAGAUGUUUAGUUUUCGUUUUCCGUCGAGAUGUGCAGAAGUUACAGCCAGAGAUUGUCCAACAUAUGUUACUUGACAUGCCCAGUCUUGCAUUCUUUACCACAUAUGCACUUUUGGUUCUCUUCUGGGCUGAGAUUUAUUAUCAGGCACGAGCUGUAUCUACCGAUGGUCUGAGACCAAGUUUCUACACGAUUAAUGCUGUGGUUUAUGUUAUUCAGAUUGCUUUGUGGUUGAUAUUAUGGUGGAAACCCAUCAGCAUGCUGGUCAUUUUGUCAAAGAUAUUCUUUGCAGGGGUCUCUUUGUUUGCGGCUCUUGGAUUUCUACUCUAUGGUGGGAGAUUAUUCUUGAUGCUACAACGCUUCCCUGUUGAAUCCAAAGGUCGCCGCAAGAAGCUACAAGAGGUCGGCUACGUGACUACCAUAUGUUUUUCAUGUUUUCUUAUCAGAUGUGUUAUGAUGUGCUUUAAUGCACUUGAUAAAGCGGCUAACAUUGAUGUAUUGGACCAUCCCAUUCUAAACCUUAUAUAUUUCCUGUUGGUGGAAAUAUUGCCUUCUUCGUUGGUCCUUUUCAUUUUGAGGAAACUACCGCCUAAGCGAGGAAUCACACAAUAUCACCCAAUUCGUUAA